AUGACCGACAUCCUCAUGAAGAUGAGUCCCAUAUUGGCCUUCCUGCCAGAGGUGGCCACUCCGUUACGUGUUGUCCCCAUUAGGGAGCGCAUCAUGUGGACUUUUGUGGCAUUGUUCAUAUUCCUGGUUUGUUGCCAAGUGCCCGUGUUUGGAGCCCGUCCCGGCCAAGCAAGUGACCCAUUUUAUUGGAUGCGUGUCGUCCUGGCCAGUAAUAAGGGAACACUCAUGGAGCUCGGUAUCUCACCUAUUGUUACCGCCUCAUUGGUCAUGGAAUUACUCGUUGGCGUGAGGAUCAUAAGUUACGACAUUAACAACAAGCGGGAACGUGCAGUGUAUGAGGGUGUGCAGAAGAUUGUGGCCCUCUUCAUCACUAUAGUGGAGGCCACUGCAUAUGUUUCGUCUGGCAUGUACGGUGACGUACGGGAGAUUGGUGUCUUCAUGUGUGGACUAAUUGUUCUUCAGCUGACAUUUGCCACGAUGGUUUGCAUUCUUCUUGACGAGUUGCUGCAGAAUGGCUGGGGACUUGGCGCAGGGACGUCUUUAUUCAUUGCUACCAACAUCUGUGACACCAUUAUUUGGAAGUGCUUCUCCCCUUCCACUAUCAACACAGGUCGCGGUUCGGAAUUUGAAGGUGCUAUCAUUGCAUUCUUUCACUUAUUGGUCACUCGCACAGACAAGGUGCGCGCUCUCAAGGAAGCGUUUUACCGCCCUCAGUUGCCAAACCUGACCAACGUGUUUGCGACUGUUUUACUCUUCGCUGUGGUGGUGUUCCUCCAAGGUUUCCGCGUCCCUCUUAUGACGAAGUCCCGAAACGCUGCUGCCGACCGCCAGCCGUACAUCAUCAAACUCUUCUAUACAAGUAAUAUGCCCAUCAUUCUGCAGACCAGUGUGGUGUCCAACAUCAACUUCUUUUCGCAGAUCCUUUCGCGCCGCUUCGGUCAGUUCAACUUCCUCAUCAACCUUCUCGGUCGUUGGGAGUCACGGGCUUAUAGCCAGAGCGGGCAAAUGUACCCUGUUGGCGGACUUGCGUACUAUCUUACAGCUCCUUCUACUUUUUACGACAUGAUCAACGACCCCGUCCACGCUGUGCUGUAUAUUGUCUUCAUUCUCUUCUCAUGUGCCACCUUCUCUAAACUGUGGGUGGCCAUCAGCCACACGGGACCGCGUGAUGUGGCUAAGCGCCUCGUUUCAGAGGGACGGUGGCUGGCGCAGGCGCGCGAGAGUGAGGAGGAUAUGGCACGUUUACUUGAGAAGUACAUUCCCGUUGCCGCUAGCUUUGGUGGCCUAUGUGUUGGUGCGCUUACACUUUUUGCUGACUUCCUUGGUGCUAUUGGUAGCGGCACGGGUGUUUUGCUUUCCGUUACAAUGAUUAACCAGUAUUAUGAUAUCUUACGUGAGGAAGGAGAAGAUCUGGGCUACAACUUUAUCAAGCGGAAGGUUGCGUGA